AUGCCAAAACAACCACUAACGGUUGAUGAUCAGAAGCACAAAGGUGAAGCCAAGGAGGAGGCAACCAUUCACAACCUCUUAACAGAAGUUAUAGACGUCGAUUUCCGGUUGGUGCGGAGGAAAAUCGGAGUCGGUAUUUGCCGAGCGGAGCGCUCCCACGACGCGCCGUUCGUCGCCGCCAUCGGCGCUUGUAUGCUCUCUUCGCUGGUUCUGCCGGUGGCCGGAGCUCCCGACGACGACGAGAAUGGUGAGGAUGCGGCUAUUGAUUCUACAGAUGCUCGGUUUGGGGUUAUGGGAAUCAUCAGCUUCAUUCCUUACUUCAAUUGGCUGAGCUGGGUUUUUGCGUGGCUUGUUACUGGGAAGAGGCGCUAUGCAGUGUAUUCUCUAGUUUACUUGCUUCCUUACAUCAGGUCAAAUCUGUCAUUGUCACCGGAGGAGAGCUGGCUGGCUAUUGCUAGCAUUGUUUUGUGUAUUCUUCACGUUCAGGGGAGGAAAAACGAGCAAAUAAAUAUGCCAUCUGCUGAUGAGCAAUCCAGGAACAAAAUUCGAGGGUCGGGAGUUCCCAGAGAGCCCCUACAUGAUAAUGAACACUUGAAUGACGAUUGGGAUGAAGACGACAGAAGGAAGCACUAG